GUUCCGAGAUUUUCUAUCAUCGAACGAUGAAUUAAUGCGACGAUAUUAUUAUUUUUGUCUGGAGUACUUGUAGGGAUCAACAGGAAUGGAUUUUAGGAUAGAACGAGAGAGAUGAGGUUUUUAUAAUGAAGACAAAACUGUAAAUAAAUUUCCACUGAAAUUUUCCAUGAGGUCCCAGGAAAAUCGUGAUGACUAAUAUGCGAUUAAAAUCAAUUUGAUGGUCUGUUUAUGAAAAAUUCCGACGACCUAUCAAAGGACUAAUUAAGAGAUGAUCGAUUGGUUCUGAACGAUUUCAGCUGAGUGACGGCCCACAAACUUGAAUGAACCUGGUAUCAAAAUUGAUGAAUGGCUCUGAGCUGCUAAACACCGUGACAAUUGGGGCCAUGGAGUAUUUACCGGUGUCCAGUCAACACACAGAAGAAAAGUUUCUAGUUUCUCGAACCAGGAAUAAAUCUGUAAAAUUUCGCCCCAAAAUCCUACUUAUUUCAACAGAGAAGUGUUCUUAAAUCAAGAACAGUUGGGCUAUUAAAUUAAGUAUAUUUACGUUCUUCAGUUCUGAACAUACGGAAGAAAUUAAAUUGUGGGGUAAUUGAACAUUAAGUAACUCAAGAUGUCAGAUGAUCGUACGUUUACUGUAUUGAUUUUAUAGUGACUAAUUAGUCUUAUUACAAUAUUAACAUAUUUCGGGGAUCGAAACGCGAAGAAAAAUCCUCGUAUCCACAUUUCCAUUGAAUAAACACCACAUAAUGAGGAGUAAUAAUGAUCAUAUUAAUUAACAAGCUUUAAAGGCACCUGAAUAAACCUUAUUAUAGCCUUGAGAGUGCGGCCUCGUCGAUACACUGGAUAAAAGUCAAUCGAAGUGCCUCUAUCAUAAAAUUAUUGAGAAGGAAAAGGGGGAGUUGGUCUAUCUGAUGUUACGAAUAGAGAUUUCGUUCGGGAAUUUCAAGAGCAUCACACGUACAUCGAAUAACUUUCACUCGUCGCCUCCGUUUGAAAUGCUCACUCACCCGAAUAUAUAAUACUCACUUCGAUGGGAAGCACGUAGGUCUCGGAUGUGUGCAAACAAGAGAACUCCCAGUGAAAUCGAUGCCCACCGUACACAAACGCAUGGUACGAGGGUACUAUGGGGUGAGGGAAACGAGAGGAUUUGCUAUUGAAAGAGACCCUUUUGAGGUGACUCGAUAAUCGUUUAAACGUUACAAAACAAUGCAAGCAAUCUAGGGAGGGUUAUCACGGUGAGGGGAAAAAGUAUUGAUGGAUAUCGACAGGAGUCUUGGGACCAUUGGAGGGAUGUAUUGAGAUUGAUGGAGGGCUGCAGGGGCUGCAGAGCUUCAAGUACUGGGAAAAUAUAGUCCAGUAUGAGGAUAAAUUUACUUGUGAUGACCCCAUAAAUAGCUGGGAGACUAUAAAUUUUUUAUUUUGAAUUAUGGAAAUGAUUUUCCGAAGUAUAUCAGCAAUUUAUUAAGCAAGCGAUAUAAGGGAGCAUAAAAAAAUUCUCCAAUCCCUAUUGGAUUUAAAAAUAUUUAUUCUAUAGAUAGUGGAUUCAGUCCCACCGUUGAGAGAAAUUUCAUCUUAAUUUUUCGUCUCGAUUGUGACCUUUUUGUUGGAAAAGUCAAAAGCUGGAUUUUUUUGUCUAGUGAUUACGGUGCAUUAUUCUAAAACCCUAAGACGCAGGGUGUAACUUUUUAAUGAGACUUCCCAUUGAUGAAUCACAAUAUGAAGAUCUCCUGUUCACUGCAUCGUGAGCGAUCAAUAAACGAUGACUUGAACCGGAUGUCCUAUGAAAUCAUGGAACCAAUAAAACCACAAAGACCGCUCUGAACUCUCUGCGUCAUCGUUUUAACAUCUCAGCAACAAUUUGUGCGUGCAACGAUGCGAGUCACUAAAAUAAUCACCACAUUUUGCCUGAGUCACGAAGGAGUACAUGCCGAGGACUCACCCACUUGCUUUAGAGUAAAAUUCAAUGAACGUCACCGGCAAUGUGUCUUAGCUUUUCCCUUCCAUCGUCUCCAGUUCCUCCACCACUCCAGGCACUCCUCUCACUCGGUACCAUCGCCGUUGGUGUCUUUGAAUAUCUAAUAGACCGAAAGUGCAUGCGCCUCGACAGGUCGUCAGACUCGACGACGACACAGUGGCUUCUUAAAUUUGCAUCCCUCUCCCUCGAUUGAGAAUGUCUAAAGUUCUUGUACGCUUUUUUUUUCGGGGGUGGCGGGAUGGGGAUAAAUCUUUUGUUCUGGCUGGGGGUUCAGUGCUUUUCAUCCGUGGUAGAUGUAUUUUCGACGAGACACUCAAAAUUUAAUUAUUCCUAGACAAGGUGGAAAGAGAAAUGGAAUCUCAUGGGGGCAUUCUAUUUCUUUUGUUCACCCUUUAUCUCUUUCAUUUAAAUGAGUUUUUCUUUUUGUCUUUGUGGCUAUGCGGAGUCGCGUUGGAGGUACUCAUUUAUGCUCCUCAUGGGCGUUUCACGGUCGACAAUUUAACGCAACGGUGAAUACUCAUCUUUUUCAUUCCCACUGAUGCCUCAUUGUUAAAUAUUCUACAUCUCCCACGUUCAUAUUUCUAUGGUUUAUUUCACUCAGCUGAUAGUUCCGGGGAGGGGGGAUUAUUAAUGAAGUUUCGCUGAAGAUUCUAGUUGCAUAAAUUCAGCGAGUUGUCGAAGACCUUUAGUUCGUUUUAGGUUUUUUUAUCGAGCGCGAUAAAUUUUCAGGGAGAUGAAGAUUAAAUGGGGGAGAACGCGGACCAAACUGGCGGGUUUAAUAAAAGAUAUCGUGUUUCGGUGAUACUGUUGGAGUCACGCGAUCACCGUGGGGAUUCUUCCACUUGUAAAAUUGACGACACGUGCCCGACAAACGCAAUGAUGAAUUGUGAUGGGAAUGUUUGGAUGAAAUUUCAAGGGCCGCCGACAUCAGGAGCGUCAUGCGAUGAGGAUAAUGGACACAGAGAGUCUUGGAAAUCCGGAAGGGACGUGUCAUUCGAUCUCAAUAGGUGGAUCACCUCCCCAUUCCUCUUUAACCUCCCUCACCCCCUCAGUCCCUCUGUCGUUUCCCUUUAUAUGCCUCUCUGUGCGCGGAACUGCAAGAGACAGCUAGGAUUACCCCAUUGUGGUGUACCCUUACAAGAACAGGAUAUACCAUCAUCCACCAUCGGUUGCUGCAACUAUAUCCAACCGGGUACAUGGUGUGUCCCCGGAGGUGCUUUUGCCUAG